AUGAAGAGACAAAACGCCAGGACGCUCGCCCUCAUCAUCAGCAUCCUCACCUACCUGGUGGUCGGGGCGGCCGUCUUCGAGACCCUGGAGUCAAAACAGGAGAAAAGUCACAAGAGGAGGCUGGACGCCAGGAAGUACGAACUCAUGCGCAAAUUUAACUUGACCAAAGCGAACUUCGAGGAGCUGGAGCUCGUCGUUCUGCAGCUCAAACCUCACAAAGCUGGAGUUCAGUGGAAAUUUGCGGGCUCCUUUUAUUUCGCCAUCACUGUGAUCACAACCAUAGGUUAUGGCCAUGCAGCACCCAGCACCGACUCAGGAAAGGUGUUCUGCAUGUUCUACGCCCUGCUUGGGAUCCCUCUUACCCUGGUCAUGUUCCAGAGCCUCGGAGAGCGCAUCAACACGUUCGUCAAAUACCUGCUGCAUCAAGCCAAAAAGUGCCUGGGAAUGCGUCAGACUGAGGUCUCCAUGGCAAACAUGGUGACAGUUGGCUUCUUCUCCUGCAUGAGCACCCUGUGUGUGGGGGCUGCAGCGUUCUCCCACUGCGAGGGAUGGAGUUUCCUGCACGCCUUUUACUACUGCUUCAUUACUCUCACCACCAUCGGCUUUGGAGAUUACGUGGCUCUGCAGAGGGAUGACGCUCUGCAGAAUGACCCUCGCUACGUGGCGUUCUGCUUUGUUUACAUCCUCAUGGGCCUGACAGUGAUUGGAGCGUUCCUAAACCUUGUUGUGCUUCGUUUCCUCACUAUGAAUACAGAGGAUGAGCGGCGGGACGCCAAGCAGAGGGCCUUGAUGUCUUUGGGAAAGCCCAGAGGAGAGGUGACUCGUCUUUUACCGCUCUCAACCUCAACUUCCUCCACAGCCGUAGCAAACAACACCACAAAGGCUAAAGAUUCAAAAGGUGCCUACACCGAGGUGCUGCAUUUCCAAACAAUAUGCUCCUGCUUGUGGUACAGAAGCAAAGAGAAGCUGCAGGGCUCCAUACCCACUAUGAUUCCUCAGGAGAUGACAUUCUCUGAUGCCUACUUGCAGCAGAACAGCAACUGUCCUCACUACAUUGAUCCUGGAUCAACAGGCUGUGUGUGCAGUCCACGUCAGUGCCCCAGCAUAAGCUCUAUAACAACAGGCCUACACAUUCUCUCUCCGUUCAAUUUGUUCAAAAGACGCAGCUCUGUUUAG